AUGGGGCAGUGCGCGACCAAGAACGGGGGCGUCCGCGGGGCGGGUGCGCCGCACCUGUCUCAGGCCUUCCGCGGCGCCCCGGACUCCUUUUCGUUCGACGAGGACGAACCGGACGAAGCGUGUCUGUUGUCCCUCCACCGCAGCGUUCUCCACAACCUCAACGUCUCCCUCUGGUCCGGACUGCUCUUCAAUGCGAGUGGCGCGCAUCGCCGCAUGUACUGGGUCGUGGAUUUUGGGGAUCCCCUCUCGCCUCAGCUGAUUCGCCCAGAAGCCGAAGCGAAGUGGGACUUGCUCCACAGAACGCUGCGGCCUCUCUCCCAGGCAGAGCGCGUGCGGAGACUCCCCGAACUCCCCACGCUCGCCUGGUUCCAGCUGCUCGUCUUCUACGAGGCAGAAGCGUCGAAACUCCUCCAAGUCCUCACCGAGGCCCUCACCGCAAAGGACUGGGAACGGACUCUCUCAGACGAACCGAACGCGACGCUCCUCAACGCCACACAUCCCGCGAGAGAAAGAGAGGACAAAGAGUGCGAAAGCGGAAGGGAGGGCGAUGGACCGAAAAGAAUGGACGGCGCGGAGGAUACGCUGGGCUCUGCAUGUCCAGCAGGCGAGCCGCAACCUUGCCGAGAGAAGGCGCGUGUGGUGGGAGACGGCGGUUUGCGUGCACCAUCGUUCGUAAAGCUCGGCAGCGGGAAGGCGCGUGUGGUGGGAGACGGCGGUUUGCGUGCACCAUCGUUCGUAAAACUCGGCAGCGACGACAGGGGCCAGGAUGCGGAGAGGCGUUCGGAGGCCGAAGAGGAGCGCGAGCAAAGACGAAAGAUCGCCUUUCUCUCCAACGCCUUUGCCCAGUGGUCUGCAGCCAUGCACCGGUCGUACCUGCUCUCGCAGCAUCUCUCGUGGCUGACAAGCAUCGUCGCUCACGCCCUGACCACGCCGGGGCUCCGAAAGCUGCUCGCCCUCGCCCUGUACGACUACUACACAGAGGAGCGGCCGCGGCUCGGCUUUCGGCAGCCCCGGUCGGAGGUUGAAAUGGACGACGAAGUGCGCGCUGCGCUGAACCGAAUCGUCGCGGAGCAGCUCGACCAGGAGCCGGAGGAACGCGAGAACUGGGGCGCGGAAAGCGUCAAGAAGAAGAAGAGCUCCAGAAUCUGUAGGUCCGGGGCCCGGGAUGGCUCCAUGACCUGGGACGCCGGGAUGUCCACGAGAGGGCGGUUCUCCGCCACGAGGACACCCGAGAUGGCCUCCCCGGAGGAGGGCACUCACGGAGUGCACCGAGAGAAGGACUGCUUCGACGUCUACGGGUACUUGGGCCUCCAGCGCGUGGCGCAGGCGGUGAAAGACUACGUGGAUCUGAAGCGCAUCGAGACAGACACCCUCCAUCUGGAUGUCCUCGACUGGGCCGUCGCUGGCUUUGAGUUCAAAGGCGUCGUCUUCGUCUUGGUUCACGACCAGGAAUUCUGGUCCGCAGUCCGAACGGAGUUCCGCUGCUGCCAAGUCCUGCGCGCAGCCGCUCGCCCCACUGAUGUGCAUUUGGCUGCAAAGUGCGGCCGACUCUGUGCAGUCGAGGGCUUCGGCUUGAGAGUUCUCGCCUCGCCGCUGGUGCCUCACUGCGUAGAGCCCGUCGACUCGCCACUGCCGUACGCGAUCGCUGGGGACCUGCUCCUGAAAGCCAUCAAUUCCGCGCGUACCCAGCCUCCCAUCAGCCACGUCCUUCGUGUGCCCAAUCCACAGAACCAACUCAGUCUCUAUGCGCCGCGUUUCCAGGCCCUCGCAUCGGGCUUGACGCCAUAUGCGGCAGUCACCGAGGAGCUCAUGGCCCUCGGACCGCCGCAUCUCUGGUGGAAGUUUGCGCAGAUUGCGCGCGAGGCCUCGGCUGGGACAUCCCUCCUCUCUCGACGCAUGAGCCUUUUUUCCGCUUCGCGUCGCCGCCUCAGCUACCCCGCCGAGCGGCUCGGGCCCUGCGGCGCCGCGCGGGAGGCGGAGAUCCGCAAGCAGCUGCUUCCGGUGCUUGCCGCCUACGUCCAGGACGCGCAUCGCGGGAUUUCUCGCCGAUUUCUCUACGACUUUUGGGCCCUCUCGCGAACCGCGCCGCCGCCCCAGAGCGGGUGCCUCGGCCGCCUCCUGCGGAUUGCCGGUGAGCCGAGACGCCCCUCGCAGACGGAAGCCUCCGCGCGGGCGAGGACCGCCCGGGAGAGGAAUGGCGCAGAGACGCGCAGGGACGCCUCGCUGGUGAACGCGAGGACGCUUGAAGGAUGCCGCAGAGGCGGAACGCUGACCAUCGUCAAGGAAUAUGAUCCGCUGCCUGCGGCGGGGGAGGGGCUCUCAAAUCACCCGGAAUUUGCAAUCAUCUUCGAUGGGACCUCCUGGACCCGCCCCGCGAUUGUUCAGCUUCAAAAUGGAGACAUGGAUCCCGCGCUCAAGCAGGCUGCAGAGCUCUUCGGGUGCAGUCAAAACGACAUCCUUCCCUACCAUCCUCUCGAUGAAACCAUCGGCGAAGAGCAGGACGACUUCGCUUGGGCUUUCGGCCACAAGUGCUCGAUCUGGACGUUCGCCAAAGGGCCCAAAAUAGGGUGCGGUCCGGAUAUUCGCUCGGCAGGUCAGGCGCCAAAGGUGGGGACGGCGAAGGACUACUUUCAAGUCGACACCAUCGGCCGGGUGUAUCCACACCUAGAGGGCUCGAACGACUCGACUCGGAGCUUGCUGCGCAUGUGUCUGCCGUGGUCUUCCUCGAAAUUCGUCAUUUCUCUCGCGCCACGCGCGCGAACGAUCAGGCCCGAAACCUACCUGCUCUUCCCCCUCAUAAUGCCGGACCUCCGCCGGGAGGCUGAGGCUCCAAACGCGUCGGUCUUCCACCCCUCGCCCCUGGGGUCGCUGUCUCCGGCUUCUUUGAACGGCGAGGGCUCGCCGGAGCGGCGGGGGCGGGAAGAAGCUGGGCCAGCCGCCCUGGAGAGGCCCGACGCCGCGGUCCACCAUCGGAUCCUCGCGGUGCUCCGCCAGCAUGUGUCUUUUCUCCGGCACGGCGGUCAUCUGCGGAAGAUCAUUCACCACUUUGGCAGCAACGUCGGCCUGACGCUCUGGCUGCUUUGGAUGGAGGUCGAGCUCCGGGUGCACAAGCGCGUCGCUGAAACGGAGACAGUCGGAGACAGGUCCGCGCCCCGCCGCGCCUCUGGGCUCGCUUUGCGGUCGCCGCGCCGCGCAGAGCACUCGGUGACCUUCGCAGCUCCAGGGACGGACGAGAAGGCGAGCCUCGAGUCUCGCGAAGGCACGUGGAGGAGCGCCGACCCCAGUCGCCUCGAGGAGGCGCGGCUCCUCCACCGCGCCGACCAACUUGUCCGCGAACUGGUAGCAUGCGAGAUCGUCGCUACUGCAGUGAAACGCGUCGUGCGCAUGUACACGAGCGAACUCCCCGACCGACCCCUUCCCUUCGUCUACGCUGUCGAGGCCCUGUUGCCUGUCCUCUUUCGCCCCGAACUCUGGUGGAGACAAGUCGAAAAGAUGCUCCCUAACGAGCGCCGCAACAUGCGGCACCACGAAAGCUGUCUCAUGGUGGCUCUGUGGCUGUCAGUCCUCGAGGCGCGAAGCGUGCCUACCACAUUGGCGCAUUGCUUGAUGCAUGCGCUGAACGUGGAGUUUUCGUCUUCGUUUCUGUACAUUAUCUCCACGGUCCCUGAGUCGGAUGACACAGACUGGUUCGGCCGCAUCCAGGCGAUGGUACAGCGGCAACACGGGUCCGACGCGCGGAGACGGGAGGCCGGCAAGCGAACGGAGGCGAAGGUGCUUGCAGGCCUUCUUCGGCGCAGAGACGAAAAGGGCGAGGAGCAAGACGCAGACAGCGCCGAGGACGAACUUGUCGACGUGGCCAAGGCGAAUGCCGUCAUGUCUCUGAACACGUUUGUCCUCUCUCAGAACGAAGGCGCCCUCGACGACCUGACGGAUGAACCGGAGGAGGAAAACCGCGAACGGAGGGAAGAACGCGUCGAGUCCUCCGUCCACGCCGUAGAUGUGGCGGCGAAGCGUUUGCUUUCCCUCGACGUGGGUGACUUGUACCACGCCUCGUCGAUGUUGGUGCGUGCACACUUCAAGCGACUCGAGCUGCUGCCCACGGAAGAGGCAAUUGCGACUGAGUUGCUGCUGCUGCACGGACUGCGCGAGCAUCUGACCCCCGCACCCCUCCUCCUGGAGAUGCGGCGUCAAUCCGUCGCCUGUGCGCGGCGUAUCUCGCGCGCAGUCGCCCCUCGGGCUGCCUCCUUCCUCGCGGCCUCGACUUUCCACCUCGGCGCGCGCCUGUCUCCGUCUUCUCCGUCGCCCCGCGCUGCUUGGCCGCAGGCGGAGGGCGUCUUGGUGCCGCGUCCGGAGAAAUUCGACUCCUUCAUCGGGCGCCUACUCGCGAACAACGUCGCGUACGCGCACGACUCGGCGAUGGCGCAGUACCGGCUGCUGGUCCUUCGCCGCUUUCUCGAGCAAGAAGGCCGCCGAGACGACGCAACUCACCCCCUCGCUCUCCACACUCUGACCUCGCCCAAGGCUUCCGUCUUCUCGCCCUUUCGCCUGGUCUCGACGCGGUUCUCUGCCGACGGCGCCGCGCUAGACAGGACCGCGAACCGCGAGGGGGUCGAGCGCGCGGGGCAAAGAGACAAAGAGGCUCUGCCCGAGGUGCUCAACAGCGUGACCCGAGGUCGCCACGGCGAGGCAGAGAGACGGCGGGUUGGGAAUAAAACCCUAAGCGAAACGAUUGAGAAGGGGGACGAAGAGGGAGACGAGACGGCAUUCGCGCAGAGAAUUAGAGCACGCCUCAGCGUGGAGACCGACGCCGAGCUGGCUGAUUACCUGACGCCGAUGCAACUCGGAAUGCUCGACGGCUGCAGGCUCCUCCGUUCGCUCAGUGAGGCGGGAUCCAGUACAAGGGUCACGACGCUCUAUGCGGGGCACACGAUGCUGACUUGGACGUUGAUUUUGAUCUCCCAGGCGGGCGUGGACGAAGCAGGGUAUACGUGUUUGUUGGGGCGUUGCGUGCGCUACUUCGCGGCGGUUGAGGAGGUGAUUCGCUCGGUCUUUGCUCCGGAGAUUGAGAUCGUGAUUUCGCUGCUGGCCCUCCGCGGCCUCGUCGCACUCUGGAACGGCGCUCUCGACGCCGCCAAGGACUUGUUCGUCGAGGCGCUUCUGCUGCUCUUCGACGCGUGGGGAGAUCCGCGCCUGUACGGUGGCCGCGGCCACCCUUUUCUGCUCUUUCUCUCGUGGACACUCAGCCUCUUUGCGUACUUGGCGCGCGACGCGCCGCGCCUCCGCGCGUACGCCGCGAUCUUCCGCGCCGCGCGCCUCUUCUACCCCUCUUGUCCCCUCUCUCUGGCGGCGCCCCGGCACGUUCCCGCGGCUCAGCAGCACCGCCAGCGCGCGGGCCUCCUCGCCCUCGCCUCGCCUCGCGGGGACUCGCUGGCGGGCGACCGCGCAGAGGCGGCCGAUCCGCACGUGAAGGCCUUCGAGGCGUACAAGGCGUGGUGGACGGGCGGCGCGCAGCCCGGAGCCUGCCAGGCCGCCUGUGACCAGUUCGUGAAGAGCACGAUUCUGUACAACUUCGCCCUCGUCGCGAACGAUCUCCGCACCUGGAUGGCAGCCACGCACCCUGCGAACGGCAUCACCUUUGACCAGACCGUCGACAUGCGAAACAAGCCGGUCGGAAUCAGCCCACACGGCUCCCGCUGCGGCACCGCCGUCCAGGACAAACUCGCCACAGAUGCCGCAUUCACGCGCGGCGUCGACAUGGCGGUGAUCAACUACGACGCUGGCGGUCGCGUUCCCCAGUCUGCGCUCGCGGGGCGGGUGCUUUCUUUCGGCUCGAACGUCUCGGGGCAGCUGGGGCUUGGACUCCCCACGGCGCCUGCGCCAGGCGGACGCGAGGCCGGAGACCUGCGGAGCGCAGAAAGAGCCGAGGCAACUUCCCCAGCGGGCGGGGAGAGCGAGGACGCGGGCGACGCCCUCGAAUCCUGUCUCCGAGCCUACGACGACGCCGCACGCCGAGGCGUAGACGUGUGGUGGACUCCGCAGCCGUCGGUUGUGAGCGCGCUGAAGGACGUGCCGGUGGCGGUUUGCUCAUGCGGAUUUUUCCACAACGCUGCCAUCGACAUCGCUGGUCGUCUCUGGACGUGGGGAACCAAUACCGAAGGCCAGAUCGGCGCAGGGUUCCAUCACUACGCGGACGUGCCGCGCGGCAAUCGCUUGGAGGCGAUGUCGAGUUUUUCCUGGAACGCCGCCGAGUCGGAGUUGCUCGAGUGCGCCGACUUUGACGUUCGCCCGUACCGUCUCUUCACCCGGCGCGACGCGUCCCGCCCAGUCGGGCCUCGCGACGGUCAAGAGCCUGCGCGGAGCCCCCGGGAGGCGCCGCGCUUCGCCCCUGCCCAAGACGUGUCUGGCCACAAAAACAACAGCCCCGCAGCGGAAGCGGACACGCCCGAGAGAGGCGGAGCGGCGCCCGCCGUGGAGAAAGGCGACAGGGACCAGAAGGCGCGGAAGAGCAGGCCGAGACGUCCGUUUUUCGUCGCAUACAGCCGCGACCACAAGCCUCCGCGGAACGGGGAAGACGAUCCGGAACGUGGCGAGAAAGAUCAGGAAGCGUCGCAGUCGAGCCUUGCGUCAGACGGCCUGAGACGCUAUGCCGUCACUGCCUCUGUUCCUACUCUCGUCGCGAUUUCCUCGGCGCCUGCAACGCGCUUUGCGCAGAUCGCGGAGAUUCGAUGUGGCCCCGACCAGUGCGCGGCGCUAAGUGACGAGCAAAUUCUAUGGGUGUGGGGGCGAGGAGCGUCCGGCGAGUUGGGCCUGUCGCCCGCCUACCUGGCGAUGCUGUGGCGCAGGCCUGCGCCGGCCUUGGGCUCCACGACCGCGGCCGGAGCCCCCGACAACUGGCUGGCCGCGCUCGACGCGGGGGCCGCCGUGCAGGGCAGCGACGGCGAUCAGGCGGUCGGAAAGGCACGAAGAAAUUCCGAGAAAAAAGAGACGUUUUUCUCGGAGUGGCAAGCGCAAGGCGGCAAGGCAGCACUCGGCCCCGAUCUGAAGAAGAAGCAAGAAUCGAACGCAGGAUACAAGAAACUCGUCCAAACGCUGCAGACUUCCACAGCUCGAGAUGGCUGCGUCGCCACGCCUACGCGUCUCCGCAUCCUGCAGUUCGGCGACUUCUCUCACUUCCAGGCGAAAAUGGAGGAGUGGAACCUCUGGGGCGAAUGGCACAAGAAUUUCUCCCUCGUCACCCUGCGGCGCACAGACCUCGGCGACGAUCUCAUUGCGACUGUCCCUGACCAGCUUCUCCACAGCGUCCCGACGCCCUCGGAAGAAGUCCUCGUCCUCGACAUCGCCUUCGGCCGUGCUCACACACUUUGCGUGGACAUCUCCAACAACCUGCUGACCUGGGGCUCGGGCCAGGAGGGGCAAAUCGCCAUCGAGAGCGCAUGCGAGCCGGAAGAGUCGCCAGCGACGCAUGCGCAUGCAGUCGUGCGGCCUCGGGCAGGCCUUGCAGAGCUCGCGCAGAAAGGCGCGUCGGAAAAGCGCCACAACGCGAGAGAAGUCUCCUCUGUGGCUGAGGGCGAAGACGUCGUUUCGCCGCUGCCUACGCCGGCGCGAACGACGCCGUGUUUCCACGGCCGGCGCCUCACUCGGGGAAGGCGCGCGCGGGUCGUGGCCGCAGGUGGAAACGUCUCUGCGGCGGUUGACGAAGACGGCGCAGUGUGGGUCUGGGGCAGCAACGCAGACGGGCUCCUCUCUCUGCCGCUGGACCACCUGCGCGGCGCCACGCCGCAGCGAAUGGAUCUCCUGAACGUGAAAGCGGUCAGCGCAAGCAUUUCCCCCGACGGCAAGCGCCUCGCCGUGUGUACAAACAACGGCGAGGUUUUGAUGUGGGGCCGCCUCCCUCGGGAUACACCACACGCUACUGCUCUCGGGCGAUGCCGCGAACGCGGGCGAGUCGGCGCCUUCGGCCCCCGCAGCGGCUGCCGAUCGCCUGCCGGAAACGCGACAGCAACGCCGUGCACUCCGCGACGUCCUCGCCUCGCCAAUCUUGCAGAAAAGCCGAGAGUCUCGACGAGCCUCGAGACAGUCGCCACGCGCAUUGAGUAUCCGAAAGACAUGGACGCAGCGGCUCUGACUCCUGGGCCCCUGACGAAGGAGCAUGAAGCCCCCGCCUCCGUGUUUCUAAAAAACUUCAACACGGCACCUCCCACGCCGCAUCCUUCUCUGCCUUCCGAACGCACGAAGCGGCUGAAGGAAUCAAAGCCCUGA